AUGGAUAACAAUGCUCGAACUGUCCGGUCUUACAAGAGGAACUCUCAUCAUCACCCGCUAAACGAGCUCCUCAACCCAGAGUUGCGCAAGUGCAAGAAAGGCUUAGAAAGCAACGGCCCACCCACGGUACUGCACCCGCCAGAGUGUUCUCGUUCACAAAGUCCAGCAAUGUUGAGUUUCCCCAAGGUCUGCCAAGUAACCAACCUAACGCUAUCCUCUGGGCGUCGGCCAUUAGUGGAUGCACGACCCGAGCUGAGUGUCAUCGUCCUUCAUGAUUGUGAUUGGAAUGGCGAAAUAGUUCUUCUGCUACAAGGUGUCAACUACAAGUCAACUACUUGGGGUACUAUGAGUCGGCUGCUGCGCCAUCGCCGAGCCGCUUGCGUGUACUGGAUGACUUUCCGGUCAGACCCCUCUUCAUAG